GCGCUCCAAACGCAGAUCGCACGGCGCAAACAAACGCAGCACACAUAUAAUCAUGGCCGCCACCAUGAAGCUGACGAUCAUCACCUUCCUCCUCCUCGUCUCCGGGCUCGCGGUGUCGGGCGACGCCAAGGCGACCUGCGGCGUGGUGUGCGUCCAGGGAGGGCACAUCACCUGCGACAACUACCCCGGGCAGAUGCUCGACGGGUGCGACUGCCAGUGCGCGCCCAUGGACGGCAAGGGCUGCGUGCUCCACCCCAACCGCGGCCCGGCCACCGAGUGCCCCAUGCCGGAGUACUGAGCUGAAUCACACGCGUUCGUCAUGCUGGUUUGAGUCCGAGUUCAAUGAAGCAGCAAGUUUGUCGUGGAAUAAGUAAAUGCUCUGUAAUUUUAUGUAAGUUUGUCUCGUGGGAUAAAUAACGCGGAAGGAAUGCAGUUUGUCGGUCAA